AUGGAUGUUUCUUUUGACCACCAAGCAAGUGUAUAUUUAGAUACAGUUAAUCGAAAUAAAAGUGCCGCACCUUUAAGAUCAAUUAGUACCGAAGAUCCAUCAGUAACAACUGUAUUUGAUCCAAUUGUUAAUAGGAUAAAUUCUAUUGAAGAACGCUUAAAUGCAUCAGAUUCUAUCUUCAGACUUGCAGCUCAGUCAAACACAAUCAAAGAUAAAGAAAGAAGAGAGCAAAUUAGAAAUUUAUCUCAAUACGCAAAUCAAUUAAAUCAAAGAAUAGACAACAUUGAAAACCAACUUAAAGGUAUUCAAGAUAUGGUUAUAAAAACAGUUGAUGAAGAAUAUUCUAAGAAUGAUCAGACAGCAGCUAUUAAAGCUCUCAUUGAGGAAUCAAAAGCGAAAUUUACAGAUAGGUUUUCUAAACUAGAAGCUUUAAUCUUAGAAAGUAACAAGAAAAAUACAAAAGCUAUUAAAAAGCUUAAAAAUCAGUUGCAGAUCAUCCAAAGUACACCACAGGAUGAUCCACAAGUUGAAGAAAUACAAGCUCAGAUUGCUGAGAUGAAGAGAUAUCAAGAUAAUGUAAUGCAGUUAAUGAGAACCGCAAUGCAACAAAGUGAGCAUGACUACGGUCAGGUUGCAAGUGAACUAAACGGUGUUUGGUCGCAAAUUGCAACAAAAAGAGUCUAA